AUGGGUGGGAUAAAUAAAGACGAUGUUGAGAAAUACUUAGAGAACAAUCCCCAGUUUGCCAAGGAAUAUUUCGACCGAAAGCUGAGGGCAGAAGCGCUGGGAACCAUCUUCAAAGUCAGCCCUGGGGAAGUGAAGGAUGGAGUUUCCUUCAAGGAGAUGUCCCGGCUGGAGGAGUCUCAUGUGCUCUUUGAGUUGCUGACAGAAAUCCAGGAGGAAGAAAGCAGCAUGGAGAAGAUAGUGCACAAGGCCCUGCAGAGGCUGGCACAGCUGGUGGCAGCUGACCGGUGUAGCAUGUUCAUCUGCCGUGCCCGCAAUGGCAUCCCUGAGGUUGCCACCAGGCUUCUCAAUAUCACCACCACCUCCAAGUUUGAGGAGAACCUGGUAGCCCCAGACAGUGAGAUUGUUUUUCCUCUGGACAUUGGGAUAGUGGGAUGGGUUGCUCAUACCAAGAAGUUUUUUAAUGUACCUGACGUGAAAAAGAAUAACCAUUUUUCUGACUUUGUGGACAAGCAAACUGGUUACACAACUAACAGCAUGCUGGCAACCCCUAUUAUGCAGGGCAAGGAGGUGCUUGCUGUUGUGAUGGCACUUAACAAAAUAAAUGCCCCCGAAUUCUCUAAAGAGGAUGAAGAGGUCUUUAAGAAAUACCUCAAUUUUGUUUCUGUUGCCAUAAAACAAUACCAUAUCACAUAUCUCUACAAUAUUGAAACCCGAAGAAGUCAGAUGCUUUUAUGGUCUGCCAACAAAGUAUUUGAAGAACUGACAGAUAUUGAGCGACAGUUUCACAAAGCACUGUACACUAUUCGAAUUUAUUUGAACUGUGAAAGAUACUCUGUUGGUCUGCUGGAUAUGACCAAAGAGAAGGAGUUCUAUGAUGAAUGGCCAAUCAAGCUGGGAGAAGCAGAGCCUUAUAAAGGACCAAAAACACCCGAUGGCAGAGAAGUCAUCUUUUAUAAGAUUAUUGAUUAUAUUUUACAUGGAAAAGAAGAAAUCAAAGUCAUUCCGUCACCUCCUGCAGAUCACUGGUGUCUUGUAAGCGGGUUGCCAACGUAUGUUGCUGAAAAUGGAUUUAUUUGUAACAUGAUGAAUGCAUCAGCAGAUGACUAUUUUUCAUUUCAGAAAGGGCCUGUGGAUGAGACAGGCUGGGUUAUCAAAAAUGUCCUGUCUUUGCCUAUUGUCAACAAAAAAGAAGAAAUUGUGGGAGUAGCUACAUUUUACAACAGAAAAGAUGGAAAACCCUUUGAUGAAUUUGAUGAACAGAUCACUGAAAGUCUUACACAAUUCCUUGGAUGGUCUGUUUUAAAUACUGACACCUAUGACAAAAUGAAUAAGCUUGAAAACAGGAAAGACCUUGCUCAGGAAAUGCUCAUGUACCAGACAAAGGCCACCCCUGAAGAAAUUCAGUCCAUAUUGAAAUACAAAGAGAAAUUAAAUGUAACCAGUACUGAAGACUGUGAUGAGAAAGCCCUCCUCAAGAUUUUGAGAGAGGAAUUACCUGAUCCAAAGGAAGUGGAACUUUAUGAAUUCCGCUUCAGUGACUUUCCCGUUACAGAGCAUGGCUUGAUUAAGUGCGGAAUACGAUUAUUCUUUGAGAUAAAUGUGGUUGAAAAGUUCAAAGUCCCAGCAGAGGUACUUACAAGAUGGAUGUACACAGUCAGAAAGGGUUAUCGGGAUAUAACUUACCAUAACUGGCGGCAUGGAUUCAACGUGGGACAGACAAUGUUCACCUUACUAAUGACAGGUAGAAUAAAGAAAUACUACACCGAUCUAGAAGCCUUCGCCAUGGUUGCAGCUGCUUUCUGCCAUGACAUUGAUCACAGAGGGACCAAUAAUUUGUAUCAAAUGAAGUCAGCUUCUCCAUUAGCAAAACUUCAUGGAUCUUCCAUUUUAGAAAGACAUCAUCUAGAGUACAGUAAAACUCUGCUACAAGACGAGAGUUUAAACAUCUUCCAGAACCUAAAUAAGCGCCAGUUUGAAACCGUUUUACAUUUAUUUGAAGUUGCAAUAAUAGCAACUGACUUGGCGUUGUAUUUCAAGAAAAGGACUAUGUUUCAAAAGAUUGUGGAUGCAGUUGAAAAAAUGCAAACAGAAGAGGAGGCAAUUAAAUAUAUAUCUAUCGACCCAACCAAAAAAGAAGUUAUCAUGGCUAUGAUGAUGACUGGUUGUGACUUGUCGGCUAUAACCAAGCCGUGGGAGGUGCAAAGUCAGGUUGCCCUUAUGGUUGCGAAUGAAUUUUGGGAACAAGGUGAUCUGGAGCGAACUGUGCUAGAGCAACAGCCAAUUCCUAUGAUGGACAGAAACAAAGCAGAUGAAUUGCCUAAGCUUCAAGUUGGUUUCAUUGAUUUUGUGUGUACAUUUGUAUACAAGGAAUUCUCAAGGUUUCACAAGGAAAUUACACCAAUGUUGGAUGGUCUUCAAAACAACAGGGUGGAAUGGAAAACACGGGCUGAUGAAUAUGAAGAAAAGAUGAAAAUUAUUGAGGAAGAAAAGAAAAAGCUGGAAGAAGCAGCAGCCAAAAAAGCUGAACAAGACGCAGCGAAAGGUGGAGGAGGUGGCGGAGAUGAUGAUGGCAAAUCCAAAACGUGUAUAAUUUUGUAA